ACAGUCGAUACAAAGACUUCGAACGAAAACAUUACGAAAGUAAAAGUAACGUAACAUAAACUGUAAAAAGUUAAAAAUCCGCAACCAAGAAUAUCUUCUGGAAAAUACAUAUAAAAACUACUUAAAUUCUAAUUUAAAAAAUCUCUAAUCACUUAAAUCAAAGCAAUCACUCGAGUGACAAUGUUAUUUGGUUUUUGGCAGUUGAAAACAACUGUCUAUGUUCUAUUUUUGGCAUCGUGUGUAGGCCAAGAACUAUUUCGUGCUUGUAAUCGUGAUUACUGUUAUGAACGUUCUGUCGAGAGCCGCAGAGAAGAUCCAAAUGAGUUAAGAGUGAGGUAUCGCAUACGCGGUGAAAAUUUUGAAAGGAAAAGAUCCCUAGAACUUGUAAGAGAUCCAAAUCGUAUUGACAUUGGUAGUAGUCGCAUCAAUGCUCUUGAUGAACGUAGCGAAAAUAGUCGUCGAGAAGAUACAAUUCUAAACGAACUUCGUCAACACCAGAGCAUACGUGAUGAGGAACGUCGUGAAACUUUAAGAAGAUUAGAUGACCGAGAUCUAAUCCGACGCUCAAAUGAGAACCGAGAUCAACGCCAGACUUUACGACAAUUAAAUGAUGAAACUAAUCGAGAGCGAAUAGAACGUCAUAUAAGGCGUGAAGAGAGUCGCGAGAUCAAACGGGAUAAUAUGGAAAAUCGAAACAACUUACGAAGAUUCAACGAACUUGAAGCUCGAUAUGAUGAGAACAAACGUUCAGAAAACAACCGUGAACAGGGUCUUAAAACUGUAAGAAAACUUAAUGAUCGUGACCUCAACAGACGUUCAGAAGUUGCACUCGAUUCCCAAAGGGCACGUGAAUCAGUUGAACGUCGUGAUGAAAAUAAACGAGAACGUAUAGAACACCAUGAAAUCUCAAGACGUUCUAAUGAACGCGAAGUACAACGGGAAAUUAGUAGAAAUUCAGUAGACAAUCAUGAAGUACGAGAUACUGAACGAGACAUUAGAAGCCGUGUUGAUGAACGUCAAGAUUCCCUAAGGCGACUUGAUGACCGUGAAUCUCAACGUGCUAUUAACAGUCGUUUAGACGACACUCGCUUAUACGAUGAACGUCUUUCCCAAAGAAAGCGGGAAUCAACAGGACGUCUAGAUGAUAACAAACGCGAACGAGUAGAGCGUGAUGAAACAUUUAGACGGCUCGAUAACCGACAAUUCCAGCUUGAUGUUAGCAGACAUACGGAAGAUGAACAACGCCAAAUUGACAACCGUGAAACCCACCAUAAAGUUGAGAAACAAGCAGAAGAUACUCGACAGUCUCAACGUUCAGACGAGCGUCUCUCCAAAAGGGAACGUGAGUUCACGCAACGUCGUGAUGAAAAUAAACGGGAACAUGAAGAACGCAAUGAAUUUUCAAGACGAAUAAAUGAGCGUGAAGACCAACGAGAUAGUGAUAGACUUUCAGAAGACAACCAUGAACGAGUUGAUCGUGAAGAAUCUGUAAGACGACUUGAUGACCGCAGACAAGUUCAGCUUGAUAUUAGCAGACGUACAGAAGAGAACCAUGAACAACGUCAAAUUGACAAUCGUGAAAUCCAUCGUAAUGUUGAAAGACGAGCAGAUAAUACUCUCCAGUCUCGACGUAUGGAUGAACGUCUCUCCCAAAAGAAACGUGAGUUAACACAACGUCAUGAUGAAAAUAAACAGGAACGUGAACGCCACGAAAUUUCAAGACGACUUACAGAGCGUGAAAAUCAACAAGAGUUUAAUAAGCAUUUAGAAAACAACAAUGAGGAACGAAAAGCUCAACGUGACGCUAGAACGCGUGCAGAUGCUACUCGUGAAUCUCUUAGAAUUAAUGAACGACUAUCUGAAAGGGAACAUGAAGCAACACCACGUCGUGAUGAAAAUGAACGAGAUGAAACUUUAAGACGUCUACGUCGUGAUGUAAAUAAACGUGAACGAGUUGAAACAAUAAGACUACCGGAUGACCGUCAUGUCCAAAGAGAUGUUAGCACAAGUUUAGUAGACAAUCGUGAAGAACGUCGAAUUGACAAUCGCAGAACUUAUCGUGAUGUUGACAGACGUUCAGAUGUUAAUAUUGAUUCUCAAAGAGAACGUGUAGAACGACUUGAACAGCAAGAAACUAUAAGAUUCGAUGAUCGCCAAGUACAACAAAACGCUAUCUCACGUUCGGAACACAGCCGUGAAGUACGACGUGAUGUUAACCGCCGCUCAGAUGAUAUUCGCCAGUCUCGACGUGUAGAUAUUCAGAAACCUUCACAAAGAGAACGGGAAUCAGUACAACGUCGUGAUGUAAAUAAAAAGGAAAGAGAAACUUUGAUGCGACUUGAUGACCGUGAAGAUGAACGUAGUACCACCAGACGUUUAGAAGUCUCCCGUGAAUCUCGACGUAAUAGUGAGGUACGUGAACAUAGGGAACAAAGUGAUAUUAGCAGACAUAUUGAUAAUACCCGUGAUUAUCGAGAAGAACGGGAAGUAAGACAGAAUGAACAUGAAUCUUUGAGGCGUGAAUCACUACGACAAGAAAACAGACGUUCAGUAGAUAAUCGCGAGGAACGUCAAGAAGAUUUAAAACAAUUAGAUGAACGUGUUGAUAUUAGGCAUUCUGAUAAUACUCCUGACUUUGAACGUUUAAUUGAAACUAGACGUGAACGACAAGAACGUGGAGAAACUUUAAAACGUCUUGAUGAUCGUCAAGCUUAUCGUGACAUCGGUAGGAGCUCGGAAGAUAUCCGCGAAGACCGUCGAGAAUCUUUAAGACAAUUGGAUGAACGUAUAUACGACAGAAGACUAGAUGGCCGUCAAUCCAAGAGUGGAACCAGUAGACGCUUGGAAGAAAACCGCGAAGAUCAACGUGAUAUCAACAGAAUUUCGAAAGACAAUCGUGAAGAUCGCCAAACCGAAAGAGCUGUAAGCAUGCGUUUAAAUGUUAUUCGUAAAUCUGAACGUGUCUCUCAAAGCGAAAAAGAACAAUUAGAAACCCGCGAAACCUUAAACCGUUUCGAUGAUCGUCAAACCGAGCGUGAUGUUACAAGACGUUCAGAACACAUCAGUAAAGAUCAUCAAUUUAGACGAGAAGCUCAACGUGAAGUUAUUAGGCAUUCAGAUGAUGAUGCCCGUGAUCGUCGAGAACGAUUUGAACGUUAUGAAACUUUGAGACGAUUUGAUGACGGUGAAGCUGAACGAAAAGUAAAUCUACGUUUACAGGAACGACUUUCCCAAAGAGUACGAGAAGCUGAACGUCAAAACGAAGAGCAAGAACAUAGAAGAGAACGUGUGGAACGGCAGGAGCAAAAAUCUCGUGUUUUCCAAAUGGAAUUUGAAAAUAGACGAAACGAUGUUGUAGAACCUAAUACCGAGCGUACAUUUAUACUCAAACCAAAUAAUGAUAAUAACAAUCAACGUAAUUACCGCUAUAUCAAAGAUGACUAUGCUGUGAAAUCAACUGUUUUCCUCAAAAAUAGCUACUUGUUCUUGGGUCAAGGUGUGAUCUUGGCAUUUGUAAUUAUGAAAACUCUUAAUGACAAAGAUAAUUUAAAAAGCCAAUUACCCCAAAAACUACGUACGGCUGUUGAUAUGAUAGGUUUUUAAGGAAAUGGAAUAUGUACAAUUGAAAUUCUACUCAACUUGGCAAUGGAACAAAUACUGUAUAUAAUAUAUUAGAGAAAUCAAAGACAAAAAAAUGUGUACCUAAAAGCAAGAUUAUUUUAUUUAAAUAAAUAUAUUAUGAAAAACUUAUAUUAAUUUAAUCCCCAUACAAAUAAUUUUGUGAGCAACGAGUUUAACUAAUGCUAAAAUAUGUUGUAUUGUAAAAUACUAUUAUCGAAAUACAUACUAUAAAUAUUUAUAUAAAUGUAUACUAAAUAUGUAAAAAUAUUGUUAUUAAAAUAAUUAAAAAUAUGCAAG